AUGACUCUCCCUCGCUUCUGCAUCAGCCUUAGUGCUGUGGAAAGUGUGCUGAAAUACCUGAAGACAACUGCAGAUUACAGCAUUGUAUUUCACGGCAAAGCUAAGGGAGAGUUGCUCGGUUUUGCUGAUGCGUCAUGGGCAAGUGACCUAGAUUCUCGCCGCUCGACGACAGGCUACGUUUUCUUUCUGCAUGGCAAUGCGGUGUCGUGGAAGUCGAAGAGACAACCGACAGUGGCGACUUCUACCACCGAGGCUGAGUACAUAGCAUUGUACGCUGCAGCGCAAGAGGCGGUGUGGCUACGACUAUUACUGUCCGACAUUGGCGUAGAACUUGGAGCGGCUACGUCCAUCUAUGAAGACAAUCAAGACUGUAUUGCGCUGGCGAAGAAUCCAGUCUACCAUACAAGAACAAAACAUAUCGACAUCAAGUAUCACUUCCUUCGAGACAAGGUUAAGGAAGGCGUCAUUGAGCUUGAGUACAUGCCAACAGAAGCGAUGAUUGCAGACGGCUUGACGAAGGCUCUCGGGCGUACCAAGCAUGCCGUUUUUCUGCAAGGUCUACAUCUGGAAGUGUAG